UACAGCCUCCUUUUCAUGGGCUUUCCCCAGUGUCAUGUGACCAGGGGACAAAUGGAUCUUCAUUUCCCAUGGAUGAUAAUAUGGACGGAGGGGCUGAGCAUGAGCUAGUUCAGCACAGGAACAGCUGAAGGCGAUUGCUUUUUUCAGCCAUUGAGAACAGUGAAAAUGUGGCACUUUUACAGGAUUGUCAACAAACCCCACAAGGACCGCUGAGAUUACAGCUGGGAGUGUCGGCUCGUGACGGAAAUAGAGCGCUCUGGAGAGGUAACUUAUUAACGUGCUGCUGUCGUUGUCUCAGGCUGGACAUCAUGUGAUCCAUGCUAGCACUGCAGAAUCCGCAACACACACUUAUACUUGCAACCGUAGCUAGAAGAUGGGACAAUCGGCACAGUGAUAUCCUAACAGGCUCGAUCACAUGCAAUCACUUAGUGUCCAGGAAGCUUCCUGUUUAUGGGCAGCAUGGAGGAACCUGUAGAGGAGUACAAGUCUCCGUUCAACUUUGAGCAGGGAGUGAACACCAGCUACCUCUAUCUGUCACCCAAAGAGAGCUUCACUCCCCCUGGUUCACCGGUACUGCCGCUCAGAGGGCCCAAGAGUCCAGACUUCAUCCCAGAAGUAGGCGAAGAUGCAGUGAAUGCAGUGCCCUCUUCGCCCUACACGGCCCUAACUGAGGAAGAGCAAGCUGAGCUUCACAGUGAGCUAGCAAAGGUGGAAGAUGAGAUCCAGACUCUUUCUCAGGUGCUGGCGGCCAAAGAGAAGCAGGUGGCAGACAUCAAGCGGAAAUUGGGCAUCACUCCACUCAACGAGUUCAAACAGAACUUGAGCAAAGGCUGGCAUGAAGUCACCACCUCUACUGCGUAUAAGAAGACCUCCGAGACCCUGUCCCAAGUGGGUCAGAAGGCGACGACGGCGUUCUCCAGCGUGGGCUCAGCCAUUACCAGAAAGCUAGAGGACGUGAGAUUACAGUCAUUUUCCAAUUCUUUUGGUAUACGCUCCAUACAGCAUUCGGCUAGCAUGCCGGUGAUGAGAAACACGCCCACUUUCAAGUCAUUUGAGGAGAAAGUGGAAACCUUAAAGACCAAGAUAAGCCCGACGCCAUCGACAGGCGAUACUGAAGAGGUUUCAGAAUCCACACCUGAUGGAGAGCCAGUGGCUGAACACCCCGAGGGAACUUGUCCUCCAGAUCAAAAAACGCACUGAGGAUCCUCCUCCUAACGCUCCCCUCUUCUUUCUCCUCAUGACCUCCUAUCCCUCUUCUUCUACUCCACAGCAGCACUUCUACAUAGUCACAGUGUGCUUUGUUCUGUGGCUAGUUUUCCACUGGAGUCUGGGUCAUUUCUAGACGGGACGUGGUAGUCCUACACUGGAACAGAUGUGUCAGAAUGUGAGAUGCAUGUUUGCUCAUGCACUGUCAGAGCACGAUAUCCUCUGACCCCUAACUUCAGGCUUGCCUACAUGAGAGGUUCAGGCUGUCCUUUAGAAGUCCCUAAAUGUUUCUUUUUACAGAAAAUAUCCCAAAUUUAUAUAUAAUUUAAAU